ACGCUCUAUGUAGGGAUGACACGAGUGAAAUCUCACGUGAUCCGCAUACAAAACGCCUCGAAACUCAGCGAGAAUGGCUAGCUAUGCCUUCAAAACACACCACAAAUCACUCACGGGUCCAUAUCUACCUAUACAUAUGCCCAAAAGUUUCAUACGUCCCUGCAAUUCUCGACACGAGAAUCCGCUCAUACGCGAUUUCUGAUUUUCGUGUCAUCAUAAUAUUCUUCAUCUUCUUCUUCUUUAAACCCGCUAUCUCCUUACCAGUACCAGUUGAAGCGCUGAUUUUUUCACUGAACGUCUCCAAUUUCGCCGGAGGUGUGCACGGACAUCAAGCGAUCAUUUCUUUCUUGCCGCAAGUCACUACGGUAGAUCAUGGAGCUCUUCCAUGGUCAACACUGAACAACGCCAUUUGCUGCUAACUCAGCAUCAGUGAGCCGUGCGCAUGCGCCAGACAGGGGCGCGGCGUUAGAGCGGACCACGUGGUCCCCGUCGUGCGGCCGCUGGUUUUUCACUCGCCUGGGUUUGCUCCCGAAUUUCGGCCUAGCUAUCCGUCUUUUGGUUCCACGGGACGGCCACAACCUGACGUUGUCACCUUCACGUGACACUCCGUGUCUGUCUUGUCCGCACUGCUGACUAUUGUGCUGGAGUCGCCACGGUCAAAAGUCUGUACUCUACUGCAGCUUGGGUUUCUGGAGUUUGGGCCACAGUUAAUUAUGUUUCAAGGGGUGCCUGACGACUCUCCUUCCAGUUCAACCUUCUGCACCCCCUCGGCCUCUAGCCAGCACUUCUCUGCUGACAGUCGUGGCUGAUAACAAGAACC